GUCCUAAACAUAGUUUGUCGUCGAUUUGAUCCAAUUAUUGUCAGUUCAUCAAAUUUCAAUCCAACAAAAUCCCAAAUUUCGAAAUCAAGAACCCUAAAAUCAUCGUAAUCAUCGUGGGUUCUCAAUCUUGGAGUCUCUUACAAAUGUCGUCAGUAGGAACAUCAAAGGGGAUUCUUGAAAUCGCCAAAUUCGGUGUAUACGUCGCAGUUCCAAUCGUCUUAAUGUAUACAUUCGCCAACAACAGCACCAACAUCAAGAAAUUCAUGGGCAAUCAUUCAUACGUUGUUUAUCCUAAAGAAGCUCCUCGUCCUCCUUCGCCUGAAGAGCUACGAGAGAUGGCUAAAGAAAUUGCUCGCAACAAGAACAUCCCUUCAAAUUGAUUCUACUUGUAUUAGUAUAUUGCAAAAAAGGUAACUUUUUGUUUUUGAUUUAUUGAAAGAUCAUAUCGAAAGUCACACACUUUGGUCGAAAUUUUCAUACUUUUGGUGAAAUUCUUCUUAUUGAUGUAAAAGGGUACUUAUAAAUUGAGAAUUUGAGCAAAUGAGAGAGAAGAUUGAGGUCUUUGUCCAGCUUCUGUGUAGUAGAAUUGGUGAAAUUUUUUUACUUUUGGUGAGAUUCUUCUUAUUGAUGUAAAAGGGUACUUAUAAAUUGUUGAGAAGUGGGUAAAUGAGAAAGUUUCUGUU